CUUUUAUUGUAAUCAGUGUAAACAAUGAAAGUGAAUCUAUUUUAUAAUUUCAGCUUUGUUUUGGGAUAAGUGAAUAGCACAAUCUAUGCAUCUCACUAAGUGACGCAGUCAGUCUGAGGACAUUCUCAGCGAGCAAUCUGACUACGGCUUUAAUAAUGAACAACAACAGGAAUCGGGUGGCUGAGCGGAUCUUGGGUUUCACCAUGGAGAUCAUCUACCUGCUGACUGGGCAGGUGAGGGAUUCUGGGUAUUUUCUCCAUAGUAAUGUUAAUCAUGGCGAUAAUAUUUGACGUAGUGGGAAGCUGUGUUUAGGAGUAGGUUGUAUUUACAGGACAGGUAAGGUGUUACGAGUGCUAUAUCCAAGGUAUAGAAUAAUGUUCACAUCUGUUAAAUCUCCAUCUUGGAACUCCGUGUUAUAGCCCAGUGCUCCCUUACUCAGGGUAAGCAUAGCAGCAUGUAAUCUUUGCAACAAACCGAUAUAAUCUCUAUAACAGUCUCAUACGGACUGUGUUGGAAUUUCAUUACAAUUCCAUCACAGUCAAUAGAUUUUAUAAGUUGAGGGUAAAAGACAUGUGAUUGUCUGAUGUGUGCGCAGUUCUAUGGAGUAUUCCACAUCGUCCUGGCAGGUGCAAUGUCAGGAGCUGAAAGUGGACACAUCCAUGAGGGAGAAUUUGCGGUAAGUACUUUUUUCCUCCAGUACUGCAGGUCAAGCAUGCAUGUUACAUAGCAGUGCAAAUUAUAGCCCGUCUGUGAUAGUUCAAAAAUGACUAACUGGAUUAAAAGGGAAGGGGAGAGGGAGUUUACUAAAAAUACAUAAUGGAAUUUUCAGAUCUAUGUAUACAAUGUUAUGCUCCUCUCACUAUGUAGGAUUACAUGGUUAUGAAGAAGCCCUGUGACAGUAUGUCACCCAGCAGUACUCCCCAUGUAUUAGAACGAUCUUGCAGCAUUCAGAAUCCCAGAAUGGCUCCUCUACCUCCCUUGCUGUUCUACGAGAGAAACAAUGAUCAGAAGAUCCUGGAACUGACCAAUCAAAUCAUUGAGCUGCUGACUGGAGAGGUGAGGCUGCUGGAACAUUAUAGAGUAAAACCAAGGGAUGUGUCUGGAUGGUGACUGUAUCAUUGUGUGUAUCAGGUUCCUAUAAGGUGUGAGGAUGUCACUGUCUAUUUCUCCUUGGAGGAGUGGGAGUAUAUAGAAAGACAUAAGGAUCUCUACAAGGACAUAAUGAUGGAGAACCACCAGCCCCUCAGCUCACUGGGUAAGAGGAGGUUUUAGUUAUUUUAGCAUUUGAUUACCGAUGGAUCAGCAACAUUGAUAAAAAUAUGGGUUCUGCGAUUCAUUAUCUGUACACUUAAGGUUAGACAAAUCAUAUUAGAAAAUUUUAGUCCUUUGGCACCAGGAAGAGCCUAUGGUUUAUAUAAAUUCAUUUUAAUAUUGUUUCAUUUUGAAACCAGGGGAUAGUGCAAGAAUACCACCGGCAAUAUAACCAUUACAGCAAGCUGUAGAGGUCAUAUUGUUUAGAGUGCCCUUCAGAUCCUUCUAUGUGCUACUGUAUAGUGUGGCCAAGCUCUUAAUGUAGAAUUAUAAAGAUCUGUCGCCGAUAAUGAUCCCUGUCAUCCAAUUUUAUCCUAAUAGAGAAACUAGUUUGCAUGUGUGGUAAUCGCCAAAGUGUGCCAGUUAUCAUCUCUUCAUAACUAAUUAUUGUAUAUUUCUUUCCCACAGAUUUGUCCAAGGCCAAUACAUCUUCUACAUUUGAAGCAUGUAUUACUUCAGCGUCCUGUUUAAACCAAGAAAGAUGCAUGCAUAAAUCUAAACUUGAAACAGAAUUGGCAUCAGUGUGUAAAGCAAACACAAGCAACAGGGUGAAAAAAUACAUUUCUACACCCACAGAACAUCUACAGACCGAAUAUCCAACUGAUCAUAUUAAGGAAGAACCAACUUCAUGUGAAGAAGGCAAUCUCACAGACAUUUAUACACCAUCAGAACAUCCACAGACCGAAUAUCAAUCUAUUCAUAUUAAGGAGGAACCAGCCUCAUGUGGGGAAAGAAAUCUCACAGACAUGUAUACACCAUCAGAACAUCUACAGACUGAAUAUCUAUCUACUCAUAUUAAGGAGGAACCAACCUUUUCUGUAGAAGGAAAUCUUCCAGACAUGUAUACACCCACAGAACAUCCACAGAUAAAAUAUCCAACUUCUCAUAUUAAGGAGGAGCCAGCCUCAUGUGAAGAAGGGCAUCUCACAGACUCUGAAAUGUAUUCACCCACAGAGCAUACAGAGAUAGAGUACACAGCAAUACAAAUUAAGGAGGGGCCAGUCUCAUCUGAAGAAGAAAAUCUCACAGAAAUGUAUACAUCUACAGAAUAUCCACAGAAUGAAUGUCCAUCUGUGCAGAUGGAGAAACUGACCUGUGAGAAAUAUUGUCUUACUCAUUCUAUAAUUUACACAAAAGAGAGAUCGGUACCAAUUUCUAACUGUGCAAAAUGUUUUGUGAAUAACUCUGAGAAUUUUAGCAGUACAACAACUCAUGAGGAAGAAAAAACAUAUUCUUGUUCUGAGUGUGGGAGGUGUUUUAAUCAGAAAGGAAUUCUUGAAAUACAUCAAAGAACUCAUACAGGGGAAAAACCAUAUUCUUGUUCUAAAUGUGGGAAAUGUUUUACCAGAAAUUCAUACCUUGUCCAACAUCAAAGAACUCACACAGGAGAGAAACCAUUCUCCUGUCCUGAAUGUGGUAAUUGUUUUAGGCAUAAACAGAAUCUUAAUUCACAUCUGAAGCUGCACACAGUGAAGACCACUUAUAACUGUUCUGAAUGUGGGAAAUGUUUUAAGCAGAAGUCAUAUCUUUCUAAACAUGUUAAAAUUCACAAGGGAGAACGGUCAUAUUCCUGUUCUAAAUGUGGGAAAUACUUUAGACAGCCAACAAAUCUUAUUUCACAUAUGAAAAUUCAUUCUUGAAGAAUUUGUUUUUUCAUGGUACUGAAGAAAUAGCCCUCACAUGUUAGGAUGUAUUAACCCUUUCCCACUUGUAGAGGUAGACUAAAUAUUCCCACAUGAUCCCCAGUUCAGGUUCUGACUCUAAUUGAAGAGGUAGUGUAUGUUAGAAAGUAGAGAUUAGAUCUCAUGCUUUUAUUUUUAUGGUCAAAAACUAGAGCCAUACUCCUUUGCUUCCAGUGCAGUUUUCAGUAGGGUUACAGGAAGCUGAUGGAUAUUAGAAGAAAGUUCUAUAAGUUCCAAAACCAGUUGAUAAGUUGUCUGCUGUUUCUAUGAAGAAUCAUUCAUAGCUAAAUUAACCAUUGUUAUUAGCCGAGUACAAAAGGGUAGAUGGAUUUUACCCUUUAAAAUAUAGAAUUGCAUAGGCCACCAAUAUUUAAUGCUAUUUUGAUCUGUAGAUGUCCUGUCUAGGGUACUUGGGGUAAAACUGAUCAUACCUAUUUUUCUCUCAACCCGUCUAGUCCAAGGAGACAUUGCAGGAACAAACAGACAUUCAUUUAUUUUGAGAUUGGUCUCUGUUAGAAUGUGCAAUAUAGAGGAUAUGGGGGCUAUAGACUGGUGAGCUAGCUCUGUGCUAAAUAGUCUGUCUCAGAUGUGAUUGCUGUAAUAUAAGUUUCCCACUCCUGUCAAGGUGCAACAGCUUUUUCAUAAUCAUGUUCAUUUUGUCAAUUCAACAACCACCUUAGCAUGUCUGCUAAUGUUUAUUUUACCCCCCUUCUGUGCACAAACUGGUUAUGAGGGAAAUGCCUGCUUCGCAGGGCAAUUUUUACCUUCUCUCCUAGGCUGGGGAGGGUGGCUAAUCACUCCUUUUGAACAAUUCCCUGAUAUCUAGUAAUAUCUCACUAUAACUGUCAAUAUAUGACUCCUGUCCAAAUAAAGCGACACAUCCUCUGUUUUCUAUGAGCAGACAUUUUUUCCAUAUUUCUUGUCCACCAGGAGGAUUCACCUCUGUCCUUCACAGCUUCUGUUUUUUGUUUUGUGAUGCCCUAGUAGAGUCCAUGGUAAUUUUCUGGAUAUUUCUGACGCAAGAGAAUCGGACAGUUAUGUCUGCCCCCGUUCUCAAGUGAAAUCUUCAAUUUUUGUUUUUGGAAUUAUUGUUGCAUCAUGUGUAUUCAUUCAUGUUAUGUCACCAUAGAGAUAGAAACUGAUUUGUAGUUUCAGAAAUAUUAAAUCAUGAGAAUCGGAUGCCUAAUUUAAAAAAAGGAUGCCUACAUUUAAAAAAAAAAAAAAGUCUCUUGCUUUUUCCGAGUAUACACAUACCACGUUUGCACAACUAUUGUACCUCUGUUUAUUUAUUCAGAAUCGGUUUACAAUCAACCAGUGCCAUCCUGGAGAAUAUUGAAAUGUGGGGUAAUUUCGUGGUAGGGUAAUGAUAGCAAAAGGUCAGGGAGAAGAUAUACUGUGGUAAUUAGGUUUAAGUAAUUUUCUCUUUACUUUAUUAUCAAUUUGUAGCUUAAUAAUAAUCAAGUUCACCCUAUUAAACACACAAACACCAGAUGAUUUGUCAACAUUUAUUUACCUGCAACUUUCUCAGCUUUAUUCCUGUGGGGACAAAAGUUUAUGAAACUUUAGAUUUUGGAACAUGGGACCUCCGUGAUCUCAAGGACGUAUUUCUUGUAACGUGUGGUCUGUCUCUCAGAUUGGAUGAAUUAUGGCCAAGGGGAAGAUAUGAAUUCAAUCAAAAUUCUAGAAAUGUUGGAAAUUAAAAAGAAUAAUCUUGGUAGAAACACAAAAUAUUGUAUUGUUACACUGAGGAAUGUGACCGAAACCUUUAGAGGGACUACUAUAGAAAAAAAAAAAUGGACAAUAGAAAAGAAUAGCUCAGGUAUUUGUUUAAAUCAGGGGUCCUCAAACUACGGCCCGUGGGCUGAGUCCGGCCCGCCAGGGUCCAGAACCCGGCCCCAGCACUAAGUGCCACCAGAUGGGCCAUAUAUCUUCAGGGGCAUGGUGUGGG